CAGACUUUUGGUCCAAGUAAGCGCCACAAUAGACCAUAACUGCCUUUGGCGGGUGCUGUGCGCCGAAAUGUCUUCGUCCUCCGCGUUCACGCAAUCUCACCAGGCACCAUCGCUUCUUUGCCGCGCAAGUUGGUACUGACUUUUCUGAUCGGCCACUUUGGAGCUCGCCGUUUCUUUGUUGAUUACUUUGGAGGGCUCCGCAGGACAAGGCCUAGUGGAAGGAAUUGAUUAUCACUUGAGUGGUUUUUUACUACAGUUGCAGAAUAGCUGCAUUAAAAAAUGGGAAAGCAAUUGGUGUCUUGCAAUUCCACUGUUCAAUUUCAGAACAACCAUGGAUGCAUGUGGGGUAUAUUUCAUAUGCUUGACUAUCAUCGUUGGCGUAACGUUAAAAAGGUCUUUCCUCACAAAAGGCAUUACUUGGGAAGACAUGCCAGAUAUUAUAAGAAAAGAAACACUUUGUCCAACCACAGUGAUUGUGACGACCAAAGAUUUGAGAAUGUGGAUGUUAAACCCCUACUGGUUAGGCAACGUGGCAAAAAAGCGGGUGCUGCUGGCGAGAGUUCUGCCAGAAAAAGCAAAAAAGGAUUGCGUAUUGAAAAUAUGUCCGAAGAAGAAAGUUCCAAAGAUCAGAUCUUAAGCUUACAAAGUAGGCCACAAGAUUUUGAGUCUUCUGAUAAAUCUGCAGUAGAAACUAGUAAACUUGAUAGAGACGUUUUCAGUGAGUUUAAGGAGCAUGCUGAUGUUGUGGAGGUAUUCAGAGCAGAAAAAGAUUUUCUCCUGAAAUUCUUAAAAGAUCUGAAUGUGGGCGCGAGAAGCUUUCAAAACAAGAAAGCAAGAUUGACAAAAUCAGGGUCGUUCCCCAUAGCAGCAUCUUCACAAGUGCGGAACCUUAAAUCAACGAGCCUCAAACACAAGCAAACAGAAAUAUGGGCCUUUCCUAAGGGGGAAAAGCUGCUUUUUGGGACUCAAGCACUAAAUUUUUUUGCAAAAGAUGAUGCUUAUAUGAAAGAAGUGUCAUUAGUGGGUGAUUAUGGUCUGGAUAGUACUAUGAAACAAUCAGGGUUUGCUUUGUCAGGGCCUUCAAAUGGAUUAAAUCACAAACAUAAAGGGUGGAAUCAACUGGUUCUUCAUCGUUUCAAAGUUAUAAAGCAGAGGAUAAAGCAUGCUCUUAUGGAAUUAACCAAAAAUGGUUAUCAUACUUCUCUUGAAGCAUUCCGUCGAAGAGUUUCAUAUGAAAAUAGGCUUGGGAAAGAGGCGCCACAACGUUUAGAGGAUGGCAUGACUGAGAUUAUAAGCUCAAAUGAAAUUAAAGCCUCUGAUUAUGACUCCAACAAGCAUGAAAUUCCCCUCAUAAGAAGAACAUCUUCUCUGAAUGAGUCACUGGAUAGAUAUACUCAAUUAUUUGAGAGAAGUUUUGGCAAAGAUAUCAAGUGGCAUGGCUCAAUGUUCAAGAGCUUAAAAGUGACAAAUGCAGAUGACAAUCACACAGGUGGUUGUGCUCCAAAGUUGACCAAAAGGAACUUGUCUCUCCCUAAUAUCGAGUCCAUAGGCUUCAUUCUUCAUGAGGCCAUUUGCGAUGCAAAUGAUGCAGGGAGUAUUCCAGCAAGAACUUCUUUGGAUAACAACAAAAAAGAAGAAACUGAUAUUCUUGUUCAUCGAAAAUCAGCAAGCCUUCUUGUGAGCAAAGACAAACUACUAGAUGAUAUAAUAGAGACUGAAGUUAAGGAAGAGGAGGAAAGCAGUGGGAACGAUGUAACUCCCAAUCCUUUAUCCCAUUCAACUGCAGAAAAUGAAAGUUCUUGCCAAGAAAAUGUGGAAAUAGAAACGACAAUGGAUCAUGGCAAGGGUAUGAUGGAUAUUCUUGAAGCUAGCUGUGAAGACAAGACAACCGAAAAUACAACAGGUACUGAAAGAAAUAUAAGAGGCUCUAGCAUGAAUGAUAUGGAGGAAGAUUUACCGAAAGUAGAAAGCAGAUACUCUUUGCAAGCAAAAGGGACAAACAAGAGCAGUGACAAUCAUUUCCUGCUCUUGGAAUCAGAUAUAAUAAAUGAUUCAAAUUUCAAAUAUGUGAAGCACAUUAUUGAACUUUCAGGCUUCAUGGAGAAUGACCAUAUCCAAAUGUGGCACACAGUGAACCAACCACUAAAGCCAUCCUUAUGCAAAGAAACAGAAUUCUUUGAAGAGAUUGACAAGCCCAUUGAUCAUCAGCUUCUUUUUGAUAUAGUGAACGAGAGUCUGCUUGAAAUAUUUGAAGGAUCAUCGACCUACUUCCCUCGGCCCUUCUCCUUCAACCUCCGCCUUCAUCCUACACCGAAGGGUCAUCGUCUUCUUAGGGAAGUGUGGAAUAGAGUUAACUUGUAUCUGAGCUUAAUGCCGGAAUUAGAUCAGACAUUAGACGAUGUUGUCAGACGAGAUUUGGCAAGUAAUGUCUGGAUGAACCUUCAAAGUGAAGAAGAGUGUGUAGCACUUGAACUAGAGGACAUGAUUGUGGAUGAUCUGUUGGAUGAAAUAAUCUUCUGUUGAGGUUUUCAUAGAUCUAAGCUUCAAAUCAAAUCUAGCAGCUUGGAUUGUUUGAGCAUAUGAUUGUAGCAGCCACAGCAUUCAUGUGGCACAGUGAGCUUAUUAAUGUUGCAGCCACAUGAAUGCUCGCUUAUCGCGGAAACGCUUAGAAAGAUGCGAAUUGGAGUGAUCCUGCUUCUGGUCAAUUUUAACUGACAAGUGCCAGCAUAGAUGGGGAAAAAAGGGAGAUUCUGUGUUCAUGUUCAUAUUGGUCCGCUGGUCGAUGUUCUGUAGAGUUUAUUAAGGAGUUCUGUGUGUGAUUUGUUUGUAAAUACUAAAUAAUGUAUAUGAUUGCUGGAGUUGAAGAAGUGUUUUAGACUUUUUUUUUUUUUUUAAUAGAAUACAAUAGAGUGGGAUGCAUAAAAGUUUUAUAUAUUGUUAAUUGAGAGAAUUUCUUAAAAGAAAAUGAAAUAGUUUGGAAUGACUUUUUUAAUACCA